AUUAAUAGUGGGGGGGAAUGUCAUAUUACAUUGCUUGUCUUAUGUCAACAAAUGACACUAUUUGCAAUGUUAAAAAAUACAAUUAACUAGUGUCAAAAUAUUACAAUAACAACAACAAUAUAAUAAAUUAAUUAUUAAUAAAUUUUUUAAACAUUAAAAAACAAGUUAUUGUUGAAGUUUAUAGUGUUAUUAUUGCGCGGGAAUAUGUCUGGCUACCGGAGAGUUAAUUACUACGAACUAUGUAGAUUAUGUACAAGUAGUGAAGGUGAAAGAAUAAAUAUAUUUCGUGAAGAAGGUCGACGAAGAUCUCUCCAGUCAAAAAUUGAAACAUUAUUACCAAUAAGAGUUGAAGAGGAGGAUUCAUUACCAAAAAUUGUUUGUCAUGAGUGUGUUAUUAAAUUGGAAAGUUAUAUUGAAUUUCGUGAUAGUGCAUCAAAAGCUGAAUCAAUGCUGGAAGGUUAUUUUACAUCAUUAAGAUUUUCUGAUGAUUUUUUAAAAGAAGGUAAAGUUUAUGUAAAAACAAUUGACAAGGAUAAAAUUGCACCACUUCCAACACCAUCAUCAACAACAACAAUAACAACAACAGCAGCAGCAUCAUCAUCAUCAUCACAGCCAACAGUACAUGAUGAUGAUCAUGUUGAUAAUAAUGACAUUGAUGAAGAGGAUGAAGUUAAAAUGGAAAUAAAAUUAUCAGAUGUAACAAAUGAACCAACUCAAAUAAUUAUUAAUGAAUCACAUAGUCAACAUCAACAGCCAGUCUUAAUAAGUAAUUUAAAUACCUCAAACAUACAAAUAAUAAGUGGUGUACAAGCACGUGUACAACAAUAUAAAUGUGCAAUGCAGAUGCAAUCUGGUGGUGUUGCAUCAGUUGUCGAGGCAACAGCUGAAACACAUUACAGUUAUCAACAACAAACAACAAAUAAUGGUGAUCCAUUGUUUAUUGGAAAAAAUAAUAUUCAACAAUUAUCACCAGAUGAUAGCUCAUCACAUCGACGUUUAAAUGAACCACAAAUAAUUCAAAAUCAAAUACAAAAUCAAAAUCAAUUAAAUAUACAAAAUCAAAGACAAAUUGUUCAACAACAACAACAACAACAAUGUACAAUAACACAAACACAAAUUCAACAGCUACGUGAUUAUGAAAAACGACAAUUACAAAUUGAAAAAGAACAAAAUCAUGUUCAAGUUGGACAUCAAAAUAAUAAUGUUAUAUUAAAACCAGAUGAUGAAAAUCAACAACAACAACAAACAAUAACAAAAGAAGAAAUUGAUAUUAAUUCUGGUGAUGAUAAUAAUUAUACAACUGUACAAACAAAUUCAGAAGUAUUUUUAGGUCUUGCUUAUAAAGAUAAUAAUUUAACAAGCCAAGUAACAAGAGAUGAUGUCAAAGAUUACAUGAAAACAACGGAUAAUGUAGUUGAUGAUGAUGAAGAAGAAGAUGAUGAUUCAAUGACACGUAAUUCAAUUGGUCAAAUAUCAGAAUUUUUACGCAUACGUACUUGUCCAGAUACAAAUUCAUUGAUAACUGUUAAUCCACAAGCAAUUUGUCAAACAAAUAGAAAUUUAUCAUGUCGUGAUUGUGGUAAAAAUUAUGAUACAAUAAAUGAAUUAAAUAAUCAUCAAUGUCCAACAUCACCAAUGGUUAAUGGUGUUAAUGAAAUAAUAAAAGAAGAUGAUGUUGUACCAAUUAGUAAUAAUAAUAUUAAUAAUUUUAGUUGUGAUGUAUGUUCAAAACCAUUUAAAAGAAAAGAACAUUUAUUUCAACAUCGUAAAUUACAUACUGGUGAACGUCCAUAUGUUUGUCAAACAUGUUCAAAAGCAUUUAGUAGAAAAGAACAUUUAGUACGUCAUUCAGUAUCUCAUACUGGACAAAAAAUGCAUGAAUGUGAAUUAUGUGGUAAAUCAUUUUCACGUAAAGAUAAUUUACAUAAACAUAGAAAAACACAUGGUGUUUCUGGGCCAUAUAUUUGUGAAACAUGUGGUAAAUCAUUUGUUGUUAAACAUUAUUAUAUGAUGCAUUUAACAACACAUGCACCAAGUGUUGUUGAUGGUGGUUGUGUUGAUCCAUUACCAUAUAAAUGUGAUUUAUGUCAUAAAGCAUUUUCAGUUAAACAAUAUUUAACAACACACAAGUUACGUCAUAGAUCAAAAAAUAGUUCAAAUUCAUUGCAACAACAACAACAACAACAACAGCAGCAGCAGCAACAACAACAACAACAACAACAACCACCACAGCAACAGCAACAAUCACAGCAACAACAGCAACCAGUUAUAAGUUCAUCAAAUGGUAUAAAUAUUACUGGUAAUAGUAUUGUAACAUCUUCAAGUAAUAUUAAUGUUACAAAUGGACAAAAUAAUGAUUCACAAAUAAAUGAUAUACAAAGUGUCAUUGAAAGAGGUGAACAAUCACAACAACAUCCUAAUAAUUUUGAUGGUAAUCAAUAUCAUGGUAAUGUACAACAUUUUCAAUGAGAUAAAGGUAAGCGUGUCUACUAUGUUCUUCUUCCAAAUGGCAAUAAUCAUAAAAUUGUCGUUGUUUGAAGUUAAAUUUUUUAUAAUAGUGGAGCACGCAAUUUAUUCCAGCUGAUGAUAAAUAAUAUAUAUAUAUAUACAUUUUACAUAUUAACUAGAGUCUAUUGGUAUUUAAAAUUUAUUAAUAUUAAAAUAUAAUAUUGAGGCCUAAUUUUAUUUUAUUUUUUUGUAAAUUAUAAAUUACAAGAAAUUAUUAUUAUUUUUUAUUUAUUUUUUAGUAAAAUGCCAUUAUUCUUCCUCAAUAUAAUAAUUAAAAAACUUAACAAUUAUUGAUAAAUUAAAUCAAAAGUUUUUUGCUAGCGAAAAACAUAAAUAAAUAACCAGUGUGGAAAUUUAAUAAAAUAAAAAUUUUGCUUUUAACAAAUAAAUCAUUUGCAGUGCCAUUAAGAGACUGAAAAAGUUGAAAAUAUAAAAAAAAAAAAAAGGAAAAAGAAAACCAGUACAGAAAUAUGAAAAAUAAAUUAAUAAAAUUAAUGAUAAAUUAAUAAUGUUAACAAUAAUUAAAUACGAUACAUUGUGUGUAUAUAUUUAUACAAUAUUUAAGUAUUAAUAAACAUCACGAUAGAUCGAUUUAAAAUAUAUAUUUAAAAAUAUAUUAUACAUGUAGCGAGCAGUAUAAUUAAAAGAAAAAAAAAAAAUAAGAAAAUGCCAAGUGCGUUAACGUACUAUUAGAUUAAUAAUAUUUUUUCAUAAAAUAAAACAAAUAAGAGAAAAAAAAAAAUUAAAAAAGGAUAAAAAAUAUACAAAAAAACCCUAAUGAUUCCGUUAAUUAAAUUAAGUGAUUCAUAUAAUAAUUAAAAUUAUCAAAAUUUAAUUAUAAACUUAAAUAAUCGUGAUAUAAAAAUUUAUUCAAGAGUCAACAAAUUUUUUUUCGUUAAAAAUAUUUUUUAUUUUGUUAAAAAUACAUUUUUUUUGAGUUUAUAAAUUUUUUUUUUUUGUUUAAAAAUACAUCACGUUUAGUUUUAUUAUAUUUUUUAUUAUUAUUGUACUGUUGUCUGAGUAGCAGAAGGGUUUAACUAAGCUUGGAAAUCGAAAUGACAAUUGAUCGAAUGAAAUUGAUCGAAAAAGUUGUAGAAAAAAGAGAUAAUGAUAAUUAGCAUAUUUUUUGGAGAUAAGCCCUUCUUUGUGAGCAU